AUGUCAUGUCGAUAUUGUUUAACGCUUAUUGACCGUUUUUCGCGCUGGCCGGAAGCCAUUCCACUACGUGACACAUCAGCCCGAACAGUCGCGCAAGCGUUUUAUGACAAUUGGUUCGCACGAUUUGGCGCACCACGAAUUCUCACAACGGACCAGGGCGCACAGUUUGAAUCGCAACUUUUUUCUGCUCUUCUAUCCCUUGUGGGCUGCAACCGAAUCCGUACAACAGCGUACCAUCCGGCCGCAAACGGUCUUAUAGAAAGAUGGCACCGCACCUUGAAAGCAGCCAUUAUGUGCCACGAUACUCCGGAUUGGGUCAGCGUACUGUCAUCUGUCCUAUUAGGCUUACGCACACAUGUACGUUUAGACACCGGCGCCUCUCCUGCAGAAUUCAUCUAUGGCACAACCUUGCGCGUGCCAGGCGAAUUCUUUUUGCAACAAGAUUUUACCCCAAACCCGCAGAUCUUCCUAGAAGAUUUCCGCGAGUACAUGCGCCAAAUUAAACCCAUUCCCGCAGCACAUCAUAUCAAAAAACGUCCAUUUUGCUUUAAAGACUUAUUUUCAUGUUCCCAUGUAUUCCUCCGUUGCGACGCGAUUAAAAAACCCCUUGAACGGCCAUAUACAGGACCUUAUAAAGUUUUACAACGAGAUUCUGAUCAAGUCUUUACGCUUGAAAUAAACGGUAGGCCUCAGAGCGUAGCCGUCGAAAGGCUUAAACCUGCUCACUUCAUUAACGAUAAGACGACGGAUGUUCCCGUCAUGGCGGACACCUCGCAAACGACUGAGUCACGUAAAACAAUGCCGAAAACUUAUCCUAGCGCACGUCCGAAGAAACACGUAACUCUUAAGCGCGCAGACUCUGUAAAUGCGUUAAUUUAG